AUGGCGGAGGGAGGGCAGGUGGAGCUGCUGCAGCGCCGCGUGCGGGAGCUGGAGCGGGAGCUGGAGGUGGUGCGGGGCGGGCGGGCGGCGGCGAGGAGCCGCAUCGAGACCAUGAGCCCCGAGGUGACGGAUUCCAAUCCCUACAGUCGCUUGAUGGCGUUAAAAAGAAUGGGAAUUGUCAAAGAUUAUGAGAAAAUCCGUACUUUCACAGUUGCGAUAGUAGGCGUGGGGGGAGUUGGCAGUGUGACUGCUGAGAUGUUGACAAGGUGUGGCAUUGGUAAGCUUCUUCUGUUUGAUUAUGACAAAGUGGAACUGGCAAACAUGAACAGACUCUUCUUCCAACCUCAUCAAGCUGGAUUAAGUAAAGUGCAAGCAGCAGAGCAUACCUUGAGAAAUAUUAAUCCUGAUGUGCAAUUUGAAGUACACAACUACAACAUCACCACACUGGACAAUUUUGAACAUUUCAUGGAUAGAAUAAGUAAUGGUGCACUAGAGGAAGGGAAGCCUGUUGAUCUUGUUCUAAGCUGUGUGGACAACUUUGAAGCUCGCAUGGCAAUUAACACGGCCUGCAAUGAGCUUGGACAAAUCUGGAUGGAGUCUGGAGUGAGUGAAAAUGCAGUGUCAGGACACAUCCAGCUGAUCAUUCCUGGUGAAUCCGCUUGUUUUGCGUGUGCUCCUCCACUUGUGGUUGCUGCAAAUAUUGAUGAGAAAACAUUAAAACGAGAAGGAGUUUGUGCAGCUAGUCUUCCCACAACCAUGGGUGUUGUGGCUGGAAUUCUCGUACAGAAUGUUCUGAAGUAUCUUUUAAAUUUUGGUACUGUGAGUUACUAUCUUGGCUACAAUGCGAUGCAGGAUUUCUUUCCAACUAUGGCUAUGAAGCCAAAUCCACAAUGUAGUGAUCAAAAUUGCAGGAAACAGCAAGAAAAUUAUAAGAUAAAAGAAGCUGCACAACCAAAACAAGAAGAAAUUGAUCAGGAAGAAGAAAUAGUGCAUGAAGACAAUGACUGGGGCAUCGAAUUAGUAUCAGAAACUACAGAAGAUGAGCUGAAAGCUGCUUCUGGUCCAGUACCUGAUCUUCCUGUUGGAAUUACUGUAGCAUAUACUAUCCCAAACAAGGAAGAGAAUCUGACAGCUGAGGAAACAGUGGCUGAGUCUGAAGAAAGCCUGGAAGAUCUCAUGGCCAAAAUGCGGAACUUGUAGCAAAACAGAUACUAAGGACAAGUAUAGAAGUUUGGAUUGACAUCAGAUUUUGAGUAGACUUUUCUUCCCUCCACUGAAGCUUAUCUUUACAUAUCUAAUGAAAUUGAACUGUUAUAUAGGGGGGAAGUAGACAGACUUAUCCUUGUUUAUAUUUCAUUGUCUUUUCAUGGUUUUAACAUACAGAGUUGCACUACUGUAAGUUUGAAUUUUUCAGCGUUCUGGGGUCCAGAUAAUCAAUGGAAAAUUAAAAAAGAUAGAUGAAAUAAUAAAAAAAUGUAUGCAUAGCACAUGAUAUGCAAUAUCAGGUUAUGAAAAUAUAGCAUGGGACAAAUGAAAGAUGAAAUCUGCUGACUGGAACAGAUAGAAUAGGUCAAGGGCAGCUGACAGUGCCCCCCUCAUUACUGCUUCUUUUAUUCCUUGGACUUGAACUAGGUUGUUCACUGGACUCUGUUUAAAGUCCUGGCAUGAAUUAUGUUGUCUGUAUUUUCAGUGAGUAAACGUAACAUUUCAGCCUUUUCAUCAGCCUUAAAUAUUCCUGGUAUGGAUAUAUAUGGAUAUUUAACUUGUGUGGUUUUUUUCAUUUUUUACUACUGCUUAUUCAUAAUUAGCUGCCUGUAUGUGAUAAUGCUUUGAGUAUGAAGAGAUGCAGGAGCUUUUAUUAGCAGGUAAUUAGGCUGGCAGGCUGCCUAUUGGCAUGCCAUCACUUCAGCAGGUGGGUGCUUUCCAUGGCAAAAUCCAUAAGAUCAACAGUAACUCUGGGAUGCACAGGAGAUUUUCUCCCUCUGAAAAUCAAACUGUUUUAACUGGUUUCUAAACUAUCCCCAUCAUAUGGGCUAUUUAAUGUACUUAAUGUUUGUAUAGGAAGGCUUCUAAAAUGAGAUGCUCUAAAGGUUUAGUGUUGCAAAUACCUAAGUUGAAUGGCUGAGCUAUUGUAGUUGUCCUGCAUAUAAUGUUAAGGCAGAGGUAUUUACUUUUAAAUGAUCCUGUGUUGAACUGACUUGUAAACAUACACAUUACGUAGUGCCAGUACCUACAAACCUGGAAGUACCAAUUUCAGGUAUUUCAACUAGGGGUGUCUGAUCCAGAACUUCACUACUACUUAGAUUUGGCUUAGAAGAACAUAAAUUGGAGCAUCUACUGUAAUGAAAAUAUUUCUAACUUCGGCUCUCCAAAAAUAAUUCUGCAGCACAGUGCAGUUAAAAUACUGCCAGUAUGCAUUAGCAGCCAUAUCCGAGCAGCAGGUAAAAAGAGAGUAAUAUUAUGGAAGUGCUUCUGUCUCUUAGGGUAGCUUGUGUAAGAAGUUGUUUCUGAUUUCAGAGGAAUGAUUGCGAGCUUCAAAAUGUGUUCUCUCCACAGUUAACAUGAGACUAUAUUAUUUAUACAAAAAUCACAUUGGAAGUUGUUUGUUUGUUUUCUGAGGGAGAGGUGCGUUGUUUUGUAAAAUGGAAGAUGGUUUUAGAUUGAGUUCAGUUUUGGAGAAAACGUUUUAAGAAAUCAAGUGUAAAGAGGAAAGGGAAAUAUGGAGAUCAUAAAAAAAGGUACAUACCUGAAUCAGUGUCACUGAGUCUGUGUUAGCAUAGUCUAUGUGUUAAUUUGUGUCACAUUCCUUUGUGAGAUACUUUACCUUUCUCUUGGGAACAGUAAAAGUGAAGCCUACACAACUCAGGAGAUUGAGGAAAACGGUUCUCUCAUUUCUACAAGUUCAGUUAAACUGGACUCUUAGCUAUUUGACUGACAGGACUGCUGACACAUGAUUGACAGCUUUAUGGGAGGUAACUGUUUACCACUGUCCUGCAUAUGUAGUUCUUUGAGCAAAUUCGUACCUUUCUGUCUGUGCGCUCUCAAAGUGUGCAAAUGCUUCUGUGUUACUUUCAGAUGGUCAGCAGCAUAUACUGGAACAGUUGGAAAACAUUUGGAGAAGACUGUUUAAAUAGUUAAAAUGAUUUAAAAGUAAACAGCAUCAGGACAGAAACAAAAAGCAGCUUUAAGAAUCUUUUUUCCAGUUAAAAAAAGACAUUUACAAGUAUAAUAUAUUCCAACCAUAAAACCUAGUGGAAAAAUCUACUACUUCUUUUGCUAUGAAAUAACAAAUUAAACAUAUUGCACCGUUUUAGUUUGGCUUUGUUUGUUGGCAGUCCUAUAAACAAAGAUCUCUGUUUUUACUGUGUGUCAUGAAUGUUACUGAAAUGUUGAUAUUCUGUCCAUGUGAUUAAAUCUCCACUGAAACUGAAGACUUUCUUUUCUGAGGUGGAACUCUCUAUAAAACUAUUAAAUAAAAUUCAAAAUUUGGCUUAUA